AUGGAGAUGAGCGAAAGCGCGGGAAAUUCGAGCGCGUCCUUUUCCGAGCCAGCCCCAGGCCCAUCUUCAGAUGUCCCAGGCCCGGCUGGUGAUGCUCCCGGUCCAGUCGACCUAGCACCGAAUCACCCCGCCACAAUCACCGUGCCUCUGCGCAUCCUAGGCAUCGACUUCACUCAAGGACAAAAUCUCGACAGUCACUACGCCGUCAAGUUUCCAACUUCCGCGAUAUUCCCAGAUCACCCACGCCACCAACGCAACUCUGAAACCGUCUUGUUCUCGUCUCUCGACGACGUCGCCGCUUUCACCGAACCCCUUCUGACUCAUGUACGAUUCAAGUGCUCCAGCAAUAAGUGCCUUACGCAUCACUCGCUGUUUAGCCGCAAUGCACGCACCUGCGAUCCUUGCAAGCUACGUGAUCGCAAGCGAAACAAAGCGAAGGACCCGACUGAGGCCGCUGAAGAGUCGACUGAGCCUGUUCAAGACUCGCAUCCGAUGUCAAACUCAGAAAGCAAUAUGAACAUCAGCGGACUGAGCCCCGGCGUCCCCCUUGAACCACCGUUUUUCCUGAAGACCGCCCAGGAGCGAGAUCGGCUGCUUGAGGAGGAGCAAUGUGGGUGCGACUUGCGCAACAGAAAGCAGAAUGUCUCCUUCAAGCCAGACGCCAGCGGGACGUGGGUGUGUGUGGACAGGAACACUCCAAGAACUGUGAACCUUUCGACUGACGAGAGGCAAACACUGGGUGCUUCCCCUGAUUCCCGCAUCUACUACGCAAAAUACGAGCAAUGGAAUUGCUUCAAUCGACGUGUUGAGAGCAAAGUUAAGCUCCCGAUUCCUUCAGACGCGCACGAGCGCUCGAUUGACGCGGUUGCCCACCCUCGCCGCUAUCACCAGGACGAUGGUACAUGCGAGCCUCGUCACCAGCUCGCUCUUGGAAAUUGCCGCUACUCUCUCAAACAACACACCGUUCUCGAGGAGUAUCGAGGUCCAAAUGGCGCAUAUGCCUACCGGCAGAUCGGGUUUCGGAUCCAGCGGGCUGGCAAGCAUGAGGACUUGUGUCUCAACGGCGAGUUGGGUCGUGAGCAACUCAUGCAUCCCGAGCUUCGCAACUGGUUUACCAAGCGCUCGGAAAUCGGCCUUCCUCGGGAUGUUAUUAUCACCGAGUUCAGAAAGCGAAUGGGCAGCGACAUUCCCAAACCCUCACCCCAGUUGAACGUCCUGAAAAGCUAUCCGUCCGAUGCGGCUAUUGAUGCAUUUCUGUAUACUAUCGCCAAGGGCGGUCACCAGAGAGACGAUCGCGCUGGUGAUACCGAUGAUGAUGACAACGACGAAUACGAGCCUUCUUCUCAGGCACCCAGAAAGCGACGUGGACGACCGCCGCAAACUCGACCAAGUCAGCGAGCUCGACUUGCUGACAACCACGACGACCAGGGCAUGGCCGACGAGCCCUCGUCACAAUUGUCUCUGUUUGAUUGA